CGAUCACCACACACACAAAAGCAGCUAGCAGCCCAUCGAGUAUUUCCUGCCGCCGAUGAAGAGGCUCACGUUCGGACAGCAGGAGCAGGAGCCGGGCGUCAUCAGCGUGGCCCAGGGCGUCAUGCUGCUGCUCGCGCGCAGCGGCGGCGGCGAGCCGUCGGCCUCGCCGCGCGUGUUCGAGUGCAAGACGUGCAACCGCCGGUUCCCGUCGUUCCAGGCGCUGGGCGGGCACCGCGCGAGCCACAAGCGCCCGCGGGCAGCCGACGCGGCGGCAGCGCCGGCCAAGGCGCGCGCGCACGGCUGCGCGGUGUGCGGCGUCGAGUUCGCGCUCGGGCAGGCGCUGGGAGGCCACAUGAGGCGCCACCGCGCCGUGGCUGAGGGCGAGGAGCGGGACGGCGCUGCUAGCGCCCACGGGCUGGACCUGCACGACGCCGAGGCGAAGCCGGAGGAAGCGAGAGGCCUGCUGGGUUUUGACCUCAACAUUGCCCCAUCAUGACGGAGCAUCUGGGAUUUUGUGUUCAAUUCUUUUUUUUUUUGGGUUCUGGUUUUGCAAUUCCGGCGUUCUUUUGUACAAAAUCAUAGCACGACUACGGCUACGACUACGACAUGAUGGAUUUACUUUGUAUUCCCUCGAUUGAAAAAAAAGAUUGAUUUGUAAAAAAGCAGCUAUGUAAUGUUAACUUUUGUUGUAAAAAGAAGCACAGAACACUUCAGCGUGUAUGUGCACACUGACGGGAAAAAAAACUCACCGCACCCCAAGAUGACGCAUUGACGCACCUAGACAAAAGUGCUCACCGGCGUGAUUUAGGGCUCCUGAGGUUAGAGCUCAGCGUUUAGAGGGUUUCUAUGGUUGUUGAAAACAAAAGGAGGUUUUAGGGAGACCAUCAAAUUAGAGGCAGUGAGAGAGAGGAUAACUGCUGGACGAAUGACGAUGCAAGUCGCACUGUCGCAGGGGUGUUGCCCAAGAGGAGAAGAUAGCUUGAGUUUAACAACAGCAGCGGACAAUGGUGAUGGUCUAGCGACAACGAUGGUGAGGGAGGGCGGAGGAGAUGCCAAGGAGCAAGAGAAGACACAAUUGACUCACACGCAAUAGCUGUAUUUUAAGAUAACAUAGUACUACUCUUUUCACUGAACAAUGUAACAAUGGAAUUUGUGCAAAAACUAGCUUUACUUUGACAAAAUCUAUAGUAAAUAAAUAUAGAAAUAAACUUUACUCUCCAACUAAAUUUAUUAUGAAAAAUAUAUUGCAUAAAUAAUUUAUAGUAAG